AUGGCGAUUGAAAUAUCUGCCGGCAUUUCAAAGGGCGACAGAAGCCAAGUGUCUGAGGGGUCGCGCAGCUGGGUGGCGUGCCUGGCGAGCGCCGCCGUCACGCUCUCACCUCCUCAAACCCCCGAGUCACCAUCACCUCCUCAAACCCCCGAGUCACCAUCACCUCCUCAAACCCCCGAGUCACCAUCACCUCCUCAAACCCCCGAGUCACCAUCACCUCCUCAAACCCCCGAGUCACCAUCACCUCCUCAAACCCCCGAGUCACCAUCACCUCCUCAAACCCCCGAGUCACCAUCACCUCCUCAAACCCCCGAGUCACCAUCAGCCGCACCAUCACCAGCGAUCACAAUAAGAGACUUGGGGUCCGAUGGCCGGUGGCAUGCGAUAUAUGCAUCGUCUUCCCGUGUUAUAGCAACCAAUUUCCUCGCCAUUAUGGUUGAGGCGACGUCAUCUAGGUUUCCCGGACGCACAUGA